UCAACCAAUCCCAAAAAUACCAUAAGCAUGGCUAGUAGUCUUUCGUUUCUGUUCUGGUGAAAAAAUUCAAAAAAUAAAAAAAAAAUGUUUUUAAAAAUGAAUAUAACAAUAAAAGUUUUUGUAAACAAAGUAUUUCUAUAUAUAAAAUUUUAAAGUUGAAAAAAAAAAUAAUUAUGAGUUAAGAAUAAAAAAAGUGAUGCAAAAAGUUUUUUAUACAAAAACUAGAAACAAAAUAAAAAGGUGGUAAUUUGUUGAAAAAUCGAUAACCGGAGACAUUUUUCUUUCGAAGAACAUAUUGACAUUUUUGUCUAAGUUCUGUCUAAGUUUUUUGUUAAAUUUUUAUUUUACUUUUGCAUACUUCAACAAUUUGUGUGUAAAACUUCACAACGAAUAAAUAUUAAAAUAAUAAAAAUAAACAAAAAUUUCCAUUUCAUUAAAUUUUUAAUACAAAAUCUUCCAAACAUACGUGCUGUGAAUAAAUUACAUAAAAAUACAGUUUGACCUAGCUGAAUUAAUCGCUAUUAAAGCUAUUUUACUGAACUUACUAUCAGCAGUAGAGAAUCAUCAACUUUUUCCAUUAGUUGCCCAUUCAGUUUAGCCUGAGACUUCAAAGAAGAUUGUUAACGAAAAUAUAAGCGAAGUGCAAUUACGGAAGAAAUUUUAAAAGAGACGGGGAAAUUUUUUUUUAUACAUAAUUUGCUUUUUUUUUUUUUUUUUUUGUUAACAUUUUAAAUAUUCAAUGUGGAGACCAAAAGAAAUAAAAAAUAAAUUUACAAGUGAAAAAAAAAAAUUAACAGAAAGUCAUCAAGUAUUCAAGUUUUCUACACUUUCUACAACUAUUAUUUUCAUUUCGUUUAUUAUUCAGAUUCCUGAUUAAAUGUGCAUAACAGACGUUUUGUAUAUUGCAUCUAAUACGGAUUGACAAAGAAAGUAGAUUUAAACAAAAAAUUAAAUAAAAUUACAAAACAAUAAAAUAUAAAACAGAAUAAAUAAAAAUAUAUAAAAAUAACAAAAUGCCUGCAUUUCGGGGGAAGCGUGGUUGGUGUGGGUGCUUUCCAAAUGACGAACCACUAGAAAUAUGUGUGGUUGAAGGGGCGUUCACUCUUCAAACAUUUACUCCAACCCAACCAAUGCCACCUCUUGAAGAAUUAGAUGCCAAAUUUUCUGAAUUAGUUGAAGAAUUAGAUUUAACAGCACCAAAUAAAGCGGCAAUGCUAAAUUUACCACCGCAAAAAAAAUGGCAAAUAUAUUGUUCAAGAAAACAGCCAGUCGACACAGUUGAUGGUAAUUCCCAUCCUAUAACUGUACCACCAACACCAGAACAAUAUCUUGAACGUUUGAAUGAAAUAACAGAACAUUUGAGUACAAAUCCAGAGGAUUCACCGUCACACGAUUAUAAUGUUAAAUUAGAAAAUUAUACCACAUUUUUAGAUGCACUUAAAACGGCAUUACGUACAUCAGCUCAUAGUUUUGUUUUACGAUUCAUUGAGAUUAAAGGAUUACCAGCUUUAUUAGAAAUGUUAGAAAAUAUGAAUAUUCGUGUUAUAAAUACUUCAUUACAUACUAGUCUAAUUGGCUGCAUUAAAGCUCUUAUGAAUAAUUCGACAGGCCGUGCUCAUGUUUUAUCACAUCCUACCGGUAUUGACAUAAUUGCACAAUCAUUAGCUGCCGAUAAUAUAAAAACAAAAAUAGCUGCAUUAGAAAUUCUUGGGGCUGUAUGCUUAGUGCCUGGCGGUCAUAAAAAAGUUUUAAUAGCGAUGCUAAAUUUUCAAAAAUUUGCUGCUGAAAGAGCAAGAUUUCAAGGUAUAAUAAACGACCUAGAUCGUUCAACAGGAGCAUACCGCGAUGACGUUAAUUUAAAAACAGCAAUAAUGUCAUUUAUAAACGCAGUAUUGAAUUACGGACCAGGACAAGAAAAUUUAGAAUUUCGUUUACAUUUACGUUACGAAUUUUUAAUGCUCGGAAUACAGCCAGUUAUAGAUAAGUUACGUAAACAUGAAAAUGAGACCUUAGAUCGCCAUUUGGAUUUUUUUGAAAUGGUACGCAAUGAAGAUGAAAGAGAACUUGCAAGAAAAUUCGACCAAGAACAUGUUGACACCAAAAGUGCUACUGCAAUGUUCGACUUAUUGCGAAAAAAAUUGAGUCAUUCGCCAGCAUACCCACAUUUAUUAUCAUUGUUUCAACAUAUGCUACUGUUACCAUAUACAGGUAGAUGUAAUCAAUACUGGCUAUUGUUUGAUAGAGUUGUACAACAAAUAGUUCUUCAAACUGAAACGGAAUCACAAAAAAGCUUUAAUAACGAAGAUAAAGAUACAAAUAGUAGCAAAGGAAGUAAUGAUCGUAUUCAUGAUAAUGAUGUUGAACCUUUACAAAUAAAUGUUUCUGAGAUUGUUAAACUUUUAGUAAAGGAGGAAGAACUUACAGCUGCAAGGGAUCGGGCUGAAGAACUUGAACGUGAAAACUCUGAAAUAUAUACAAAAUUAACUAAAAAAGAACAGGAACUUGAUUUACGUCUGCAAGAAAAGGAAGAUUUAGAAACUAGUCUAGCUAGAAUGCGUGAACGUUUGGAAAAAGAAAGUAAUAACCAUUCUCAAACCGCGCAACGUGUUGUAAAUGCCGAAAUGAAGAUUGAAGAACUGCAACAUCGCUUAGCAAAUGAGCAGCAAGAACGUACUCGUCUUGAGCGCAUGGUCACAGAAGGAAAUAUACCAGAUGAUCAAAAAGUUGCAGGACUCAAAGGUAACACAAUCAAUAAUACUGAAGUCAAGUCUCCACCGAUCCCUCCUCCACCAGCACCAGGCUUGACUUCUUCAUUUAUAGCUGUUCCUCCACCGCCACCACCAUGCCCCAAGGCUCCGCCACCACCAAUGUUCACAAUGGCUCCGCCAGCAGCUCCCAAAACUGACGCGAAACUAAAAAAUGUUCCACAGCCAACUAAUCCACUAAAAAGCUUUAAUUGGUCAAAAUUACCUGACGCUAAAGUACAGGGCACAGUGUGGAGUGAGCUCGACGAAUCAAAGUGGUACAAUACCAUGGAAUUAGAGUCGAUUGACAAGUUAUUUUGUGCUUAUCAAAAAAAUGUAGUAAACGACGGGUCCGUUGAAGAUUUACCAUUAGUUGGUAAACAAAGAUCUAAAAUUCUAUCAAUAAUCGAUGGCAGAAGAGCUCAAAAUUGUACAAUCCUAUUGAGUAAAUUGAAAAUGAGUGAUGAAGAAAUAUGUCGGGCUAUAUUAUCAAUGGAUGCUGAUGAGAAAUUACCAAUUGAUAUGGUUGAACAGUUAUUAAAAUUUACACCUUCGCCAGAAGAAAGAACGCUUCUUGAUGAGCAUAGCGAAGAAAUUGAAUCAUUAGCACGGGCAGAUCGCUUUUUAUAUGAAAUAUCAAAAAUUCCACAUUAUGAGCAGCGCUUAAAAAAUCUUCAUUACAAAAAGAAGUUUAUGAUAACUGUAAACGACUUAAUUCCACGCAUUAAUUCAGUAAUGGAGGCCUCACGUGAAAUUGCUAGAUCACGAAAAUUACGUAAAUUGCUGGAACUUGUGUUAGCACUUGGAAAUUAUAUGAAUCGUGGUUCACGUGGUAAUGCUUCUGGUUUCCGUUUAGCAUCUUUAAAUCGGUUAGCUGAUACCAAAUCAAAUUUAAUUAAAGGAACGACGUUAUUACAUUAUUUAGUUCAAGUAAUUGAAAAGAAAUUCACAGAUUUACUAAAAUUAGAAGAAGAUUUACCGCAUGUUCGUGAAGCAUCUAAAGUAUCUUUAGGAGAAAUGGAAAAAGAUAUUUCAGUUCUACGUACCGGUUUAGCAGAUGUAUCACGUGAAAUUGAAUUCCAUAGAAGUGCCGGACCAGCACAACCAGGUGAUCGAUUUUUACCAGUUAUGAGAGAAUUUCAUGCUCAAGCGUCAGUACGAUUUUCUGAAUUGGAAGAUCAAUUUCAAGAUAUGAAAACACGAUUUGACCGAGCUGUACGAUUAUUUGGAGAAGACGGUUCAGUUGUUCAACCUGAAGAAUUCUUUGGUAUUUUUGAUUCCUUUUUAGUAGCUUUUUAUGAAGCAAAACAUGAUAAUGAUGCAAUAAGAAAACGUCAGGAGGAAGAAGAAAAACGCGCUAAACAAGAAGCUGAACUCAAAAAACGUACAAUAGAAAGAAAAAAUAAAGAAGGAUUAAUGUCAUCUGUUGCACGAAAUUUAGGUUUAAAGAAAGAUUCAUCCGAUAAUCAUCAUAACGAGCGUCAUGAUGGUAAUAAAGGUGAAUUCGAUGAUUUAAUAUCAGCACUAAGAACUGGUGAUGUUUUUGGUGAAGAUAUGGCUAAAUUCAAAAGAUCAAGAAAAACUCAUGGUAAUAUACAAAAUUCAAAUCGUGAUGAAAGCAGAGAAAGAACUUCCAGAAAAUAAAAUAUGUAUAUGUACUUAUAAUGGAAUAAUAAUUUUAAAUUUUAACGCUAGGAUAAAUUUAUUUUAAUUUUUUUUAUAUGCAUAUUAGUAGUCUAAACAAGAAUUUUUUAUAAUAGAAAACGCCAAGUAUUUACCAAUAAGAUUAUUUUUUCAAAUCAUGUUGUACAUCGAUAAUUCUUAAUUUAUCAUGGUAAUCAUUUUGUUUUAUAGAAUUAAAA